AUGUAUGCCUCAACUCGACGUCUGCUUACGCUCUCAGCCCUGCUUCCAGCGAUAGCUGGGCUGCCAUAUCGAGCACUGCAGCCUCGUGCAGCUCUUCCUGACAAACCCAAGUAUUCAGUUGUUCCUCUCAUCCCCGAUGAGAAUGACAACCACAACGGCGGUGGAAAUGGAAGUCCAGGGGACAGUCCCAGCAAUGGCGUCGUGACAGUCUCCUUAAUAGUCACCAAGACUGGUGACACCGUCACACAGACCGCCGAGCCCACCACCGUCACACAGGUUGUUCCGACUACUAUUAUUUCCGUCAUCGACCUUGACGACGAUGUCACAACAACUGUAGGCUGCGGCACCCAGCGUUCCACAGACUACUUCGGCGCUUUCCACUUCUUCGGCGGUUCCCUCAUCGCCAAGUCUGCCACCCAGCAGCUCUCUGCCCACUGCCACUGUGUCUUACCCCCCAGUGGUAACUCCCACCUCAUCAGCAGUCACCACCCCGGCGACGACGAGCACCGUGCCCUCAUCGGUCUCGACCAAUGA